AUGGCCCUCCUCGAUUUACCGAAUGAGCUCCUAUUGCCGAUCGCAAAGGAGCUCCAUCCAAGCGAUCUCAGAGCUCUGGUUCUAACCAACCGUCGUCUCGCCAAUUUGUUAAUGUCAGAUCUUCACAAAUCAGCAGUUACGAAUAAGAAGUGCGCGUUAGCGGCGUUGUUCUGGGCUACUGCGAUUGGACGCGAAGCGAUGGUUCGAUUGGUUCUUGAAAAGGGUCCAAAGAUCGUUAUUGACGAUAUUUGUACCUACGGCGCAAACUCCCUCAAUAAGAAGCUCCAAGUAAUGUUUGAGGGCCCCUCAAAAUGCAGCGACGACAUUGUCAAGCAGGUGUUGAAAAAAGGGGUAUUCCUUGUUGUUACUGAGGGGCGUAGGACAUGGACAUGUCUCCAUUGGGCGUUCGAAAACAAGCAUAAAGCACUGUUCAGGUUACUGUUGGACAAAGGUGCAAGUACAGAGGUCCUCGUCAAUGUCAGCCAGCAGACAAUACUCCACCUGGCGGCAUGGGAGGGCGAUGAAGUUUCGGCGAAGCUCCUGUUGCGUAAAAGAUCUCGUGUCGAUACUCAUACACAGCUCCUACAAUUCGGAACAUUGCAAAGCCAACGCGCUGAUAUCGGCCGCCUUGAUCUCCUGGGCUACACGCCGCUUCAUCUGGCAGCUAGAGCUGGUAAAGUGAAGCUGGUUGAGCUUCUACUGGACAGCGGCGCUAGGAUAGAUUCGCAAAUCCACGACACAGCUCUUCACCUUGCCGCAAAGCACGAACAUGAGGCUGUUGUCGCAUUGUUAUUGAAGAGGGGGGCUGAUCCGAAUCUAAAGGACGCUUGUGGAAUGACACCCCUACACCUUGUAGUGCUGUACAGGUUCAAGGCCGUAGCGGAGAUGCUCCUGCUGAACGGGGCGGAUAUUACGACUCGAGACCGUCACGGUACAACAGUACUCCAUGUGGCGGCGGAGAAUGGGGACGAAGCUUUGACAAAACUGCUUCUUAGAGAGGGCUCCCACGUUAACAUUGAUGUCAAGAAUCACUCCGGAAACACACCUCUCCAUUUGGCCGCAAAAUAUGGACAUGAGUCAGUGGUUGCAAUUUUGUUAAAGGAGGGCGCAAAUAUUCAGAAUAAAAAUAAGGACGGAAAAACUGCAGUUUACUUGGCAUCACUUUGGUCUAACAAGUCGGUGGAGGAAUUUUUGAGGAAGCACGGGGCAUGA